UUGACUGCCAUUAUAUGUCCGAUGAAGUAAAGUAUGUCCACAAUGGCUGUCCACUCUUAAAGGAAGAUACCAUCAAGCUUCGCCUAUACAGGUUCACAGAGACAGAGACAUACAUGGAGGUGUUUUCUCUCCAUGUGGACAUUACAGCGCCUGAAUGCAACAUCAUUAAGAUGGGUCCCAAAUCCCUCCAGCUUGUCACUGGAGACCCAGAAAGAGCCACCAAGAGAGGAGACGAGCCCGAAAGUUUCAUCUAUUUACGUCAGCAGCUAGAUAAUAAAGCCAGAGCAAUGUGUAAAUCUGAAGAUUGCCUUAAGGGUCUGAAGCUAGUGACAUUCACUAAGGUUCCAUGUGAGGACUUCCUUCUGAUGGGACUAAAGUACCAACACAUAGAUCCACCGUCUCCAGAUGUAGACUAUAUUGCAAUCAGACUGGACCUCAAGGACACCAGGAGUGGCAGCAUAUAUCAGUCUGAGCAGGCCUGGCUUCCGGUCCGGAUCACUGGUGCAAUGCCCAACCAGCCUCCCAAACCAUCUUUCAUGUCCAUGUUUAUCUUAGAGGUGGACCAGUUCAUUCUCACUCCCCUCUCCACUGCGACACUGGAUGCUGAAGAUGAGGAAACUCCAAAACAGCUUCUGGUUUUUAACAUCACUAAACACCCCGAGGAAGGCUUUAUCACCCACCUGACUGAUCACACUCGUCCAAUUUCCUCCUUUACAUGGCUGGAUCUGAAUGACAUGCUCAUAGCAUAUCAACCCCCAAACUCUUCACAUUCCCAACGAAGGAAUUAUGAGGUGGAAAUGGAGGUUCAUGAUUUCUUCUUUGAGAAGAGCUCAUCAAUAACCAUCCACACAUCUGUAAGGAAUGCAGACACAAAUGCACCAAGAGUGUCCUGGAACAUGGGUCUAAGUCUGCUGGAGGGCCAGUCUCGUCCAAUAAUGUGGGACCAAUUCCAAAUUGUGGAUAAUGACAAUCUGAAUGUUGUUCGAGUCAUCACUGUGGAUGGCCUCCUGCAUGGGCAGCUAACUGUGAGAGGUAGAAAGGGCUUCAUGUUCACCAUCAGUGACAUAAGAGCAGGUGUUGUCUGUUAUCACCAUGACGACAGUGACUCCACAAAAGACUUCAUUAUUUUUCGCAUCACCGAUGGCCAUCAUCAGACCCGACAUAAGUUCCCCAUUAAGAUUCUCCCCAAAGAUGACAGCCCCCCUUUCCUCAUAACUAACAUGCUGGUGGAGGUCUUAGAGGGCCAGACGACGCUGCUCAGAGGCUCCACCCUCAAGGCUUCAGACAUGGACUCCAGUAAUGACUACAUCCUCUUUAACAUCACUCGCCUCCCGCAGGCAGGAGAGGUUAUGAAAAUCCCAGGACCAGGCCUGACAGGUUACCCUGUCAGCCACUUUCUCCAGAAGGACCUGUCACAGUCCAUCGUGUACUACAGACACCUUGGGAACGAGGUGUUUGAUGACUCAUUUGAGAUUGUGCUGUCUGAUUUCCAUGAUCCCCCAAACCUGUCAGAACCUCAAGUGGUAGUGGUGCACAUUGAACCAGUUCCGGACCAACCACCAAAGGAGGUUCCUGGUUCCACUCGGUGUCUUGUGAUCAAAGAGACACAAGUGGCCCAUUUAACGCAGCAACAGCUUCACUUUGUAGACCCAGAGACGCCAACCAGCGAGCUCACAUACACCGUUACAACUCCACCUUUCUUCACUGGUCAGUACAGCAAUCCAGAUGCAGGGAGGUUGUUCUUAGUCGACAGUGUACCCAAAUUUACCAAAGAUUCCAAUGCACCAGUCCUCAGACUCUUCACGCAAGAUGCGGUGAACUUCAUGAAAGUAGCCUACAUGCCUCCAAUGAUGGAUAUCGGUCCUUACCCUCAGAAUAUCCAGUUCAUUCUAUCUGUAACCAACCAUCUGGGCAAAACAAUAACUGGGAUCUGCUUUAAUAUCACUCUAAUGCCAGUGGACAAUCAGCCACCACAGGUUACUGCUGUUCCUUUGACUGUAGAUGAGGGAGGGGACAACUUCCUGGGCCAUGAGCACUUGCAGCUGUCAGAUGCUGACACAGUACUAGAAGCCUUGCACAUUGAGCUUCGAAGGGAACCACAACACGGGGUUCUGCACCUUGGUGGUCAUCCACUUUCAGCAGGCCAGAACUUUACUCUGCAGGACCUCAUAACCCAUAAAGUUAGGUACCAUCAUGAUGGCUCAGAAACUACAAAAGACACUAUUGAAUUUACUGCAACAGAUGGUGCUAAUCCAGUCAGUUUUACGCUACCUGUGAAGGUAACACCCAUCAAUGAUGAGCUCCCAGUGAUGGUCUCUGGUUUGAAACCAGUUCUUAAGUGUCCAGAAGGAGAAGAAAUAAUCAUCACUGCAGAGUACAUCUGUGCCACUGAUGCUGACAGCGACAACAGCAGCCUUGCGUUCCUAAUAGCCCGGCAGCCUUACCAUGGGGUGGUUCUGCAAAACGGUGUCAUUGUGGAUCGCUUCAUCCAAGCAGACGUCACUGCAGGCAUCAUCGCCUACAGACACACAGGGCUGGAGAUUGGACUAACUCCUCGCCAUGACACUAUCACGUUUGUUAUUUCUGAUGGAGAAUCUGAAACAUCAGCUCUGUGCUGCGGUGGAGGAACUCCCGCCGGGAACGGAGGCGCGACUCGCCAGCGGGAGAGCCUGCCUGUCUACGACCUCCAUAUCACUGUGUUUCCUGUUGACAGUCAGCCACCUUCACUGGCAACAGGUGACAUCUUCACAGUGGAUGAAGGUGGAACUGCCCUAAUAACAGCUGCUCAUUUGAAGGCCUCUGAUGUAGACACAGUUGUAGACAAGCUUGUGGUCAGUCUGAUUUCACCUCCCCAGUUUGGUUACAUAGAAAAUGUCCUCCCCAGCCCUGGCUUUGAGAAAAGCAACACUGGCAUAAGCAUAGCUUCUUUUCUAUACAAGGAUAUUAUUGAGGGUCAUAUAAAUUAUGUGCAGUCCAGACACCAGAGGAUGGAGCCCACAGCGGACCAGUUCAUGCUUUGUGUCUCAGACGGCAAGCACAACUCUGCUAACAUCCCUUUCUACAUCAUAAUUAGCCCAACAAAUGAUGAAAUCCCAGAGUUUAUGGCACGCAACAUCACAGUGAAAGAGGGAGAAAUGAAGCACCUUGACUCAUCUGUGUUCCAUGCGAUGGACCUAGAUGUCCCCAAGAACGCUCUGCUUUUCUCUGUGGUCAGACCUCCUCAGCAUGGCACCAUCAUCCGUCACGGGAAUGGAAACCCAAUCACCAAGAGACAGGAACCCAACCUAUGGUCUCCUGUGGUUGACUUUACUCUGACAGAUGUCACAAAGGGUUUGGAUCUCGCAUAUCUGCAUGAUGACAGUGAAAACAUGAUUGACAGUUUUAUUAUCCAGUUGACUGACGGCAGACAUGAAAUCCAGAGACAGGUGACGGUUGAAGUGGUGCCAGUGAAUGAUGAAGAGCCUCAUGUCAUCAGGAACAACGGGCUGGAAGUGGAACCAGGAGAAGCUCGGGUUAUAUCCAGCGUUACAUUGUUUGCAGAGGACAAAGACACACCCUCCACAGAGAUCGUGUAUGUUUUUGAGAGUGUUCCAACCCAGGGAAUACUUCAGCUUAAGGAAGGCCAGAAUUGGGUGACACUUACAGCUGGGAGGACAUGUACACAGGACAUGGUGGACAUGAACCUUCUGCGUUACAAACACACUGGCUAUCAUGCUACUAAAACACAGGACUUCUUUGUUUUCCACCUGAUUGAUGGAAAGAAUCAAUCGCCACCACAGCACUUCCAGAUUUAUGUCAAAAAUCUGGAGAAAGGAAACAUUACUAUCUUUGUGAAGCCAGUAAAUGUCAGCCGAGGUGAUCGUGUUGUUCUCACAACUGAUGUGCUGCUGGCCACAGAUGGCACUGAUAAGCCAGAGGAGCUUCUGUACGUGAUCACCAAACCACCUGCUCAUGGACAUGUGGAGUACAUCAAACAUCCAGGACUGAUCAUCUCCACCUUCAGCCAAAUGGACAUAGCAGCAAACCUUGUCGCUUACGUUCAUGACAACCGAGCCAGCAAAGCAGUAGAGAGUUUUCAGUUUGUUGUAAGCAAUGGAAAGACCAGCCGAAAUGGAAGCUUUGAGCUGCGAGUGGAGAUAAUGGAUCGUGUUCUGCCAUCUCUGACCUCCAACAAAGGCCUCCAGGUCCCACAAGGUUCUGCCAUGAUCCUUGGUCCGGACUGCCUCUCCUUAUCUGACCCUGACACUCCACCCAGGGCCCUGACCUUUUUUCUGCGACAGCCUCCGCAAUAUGGCAAGCUGCUUUUAGCGGGUGUCGCACUGACUGCUGACUCAAACUUCACACAGGAACACAUAAAGGAGCUGCAGGUAUCAUACAGACAUGAUGGUGGACCAUCGCAGAUCGACCGAUUUGCUUUCCUGGCCUCUGACACCUCCAAUCGAGGCUUUCUGCAAGAUGGGAAACGGCAAACAGAGCCUGUGUUUUUCACCAUUCAGAUCAAGCCUUUGGAUAAGUCUUCACCUGAAGUAAUUAAGAUAGUCCCACUUUGGAAAGCUGAGCUCCUAUCUGAUGGCAGAUAUGGGAUUUUCCUGACUUCUCGAGAGCUGAAGGCUCAGGAUAGUGACAGCAGAGAAGAGGAGCUAAUAUUCUGCAUCGUCCGCCCACCUUAUUUUGGCUACCUUGAAAACAUUACCACAGGCAGGUUUGUGUCACAGCGCUUCUCUCAGAUUGAGCUUAACAAAAGAACCAUCGCCUAUAUUAUCAAUCUGGAUGGGGAGUUUCUCUCGGACAGCCUGGAGUUCAAAGUGUCUGAUGCUUUAGGAAACACGGGUCCCUCUCACACACUUGAAUUUCGAUGGAGCAGGGUGGAGUUUUCUCAGCCUGAGUCCUCUUCAUGUGAGGAGCAGGAACAAAUCUCCCUGGACAUCAUUAGAAAGGGGAACUUAGCAGAGUCAUCAUAUGUUACUGUCAAGGUGAUUGAGGGGACCGCAACUGCUGGAAGGGAUUUCCUUUCAAACCCUUCCUCCCUUAUUCAGUUUGACCCAGGAGUAGCAAAGCGAAGCUGGCAAGCCGAGAUAGUUGAAGAUGACAUUGAGGAGGCCGAUGAACUGUUUGAGGUGCUGCUAGUUUCUCCAGAGGCCUCAGUAAUUGGAAGCAUCAGCAAGGCUCAGCUUACUAUCAGAGACUCGGGAAAAGGACAGUGCAGGCCAAAGCAGGAUCAACAAGCUCCUCUUCUAGGAGGAAAAGAGAUUCGUUCGGACACGUAUCCCCAGCAUGGAUCCAUCCAUCUGGAAAAACUUCCCCUUGGUACAGAAUCUGUCAUAUGGGCCAGAGGAGACAGCAUCUCUGCCCCAGGAGAACAUCUCCCAAAGAAAAAACUCAGAGUUGUGAGCGAUCCCAAACCUAUUGCCCCUUCAUCAGUGUUCCACAAUGGGACAGACAUAAUUUACACAUAUCACGGAAUCAUGUCAAUGAGAGUUGAGGAUGACACGUCCCCAUCUAGGAGGAGCAGAAAGGCAAACAUCCGGGUGGUUAGCAGGGGGCCCCAGCACCAGCUACCCGGACUUAUUACUGAAGCACAAUCCAACUCACCAAGAGAGGAUCCACUUAAGAAGGGAAGCCCUCUGGGACAUGCUACAACCAAUACCUCUGUACCCAAGGCAUGUGUGCCAGAGUUAAUGGGGCUUUUACAUUUCAACCAGUCCACCAAUCAGCUUCUUCACUGCAAUGGUGUCUCCUGGAAACCCUGGGCACCAACUGACCAGAUAGUUGGUGCUCAGAUGUGUCCUCAGGGCUGGACUUUUCAAGGAGGACAUUGUUAUAUCCUCUGUACCGAGCAAAAGCUCACAUGGAGCGCAGCUAACAGGGCCUGCAGAGAAAGGUUUAAGGGAAGUCUUGCGAGUGUUCUGUCUAAAGCUGACAUGGACUGGUUAUGGGACUUCAGCGGAAGAAAGCCUUUCUGGAUAGGUCUGAACAACAGGAAGGGUCGAGGACGAUGGGAGUGGGCCGACGGUGAGCCUGUCAGCUACACAAACUGGAAAAAGGCACCCCCUCGUUCCAGAAUGAGGGGAAACAGGAAUUGUGUGCUGGUAUGGAGAAGAGCCAAGUGGCAAAUCAGAGACUGCAAGAGUAGCAGAGGUCACCACUUUGUGUGCUCAGUGAAACUUUGAGAACAGCUUAGAGAGGUGUUACUGCAGAGCUGAUGCUCAGGACCACUGGGAUCUAUUUUAUGACCUACUUCUAUGCCUUAUUGUGAAAGUACCAGAGUAUCAAAGCAACUCUAGUUCACUUCGGUCUAUUUAACCACUGAAAGUGUUAAAGACUUAUGUUUUUUAGUUAAUUUCUGUUAGAGUGAAAACAGUCGGAGCAUCUGCAUGGAACUUUGAUGAACCAAAUGCGCAGGAGACAUGGUUUCACACAUUCUUCAACAGAACACCUCACCUCUCUUAUGUGUGUGUGUGUGUGUGUGUGUGUGUGUGUGUGUGUGUGUGUGUGUGUGUGUGCGUGCG